UUUGAUUUGUUUUGAUUUUUGAAUUUUCAUUGGUAACGCUUUUACAUUUAAACUACCAUCACACAGGAGAUUAAAAACUGACCUCAUGCCGUUCGCUUCAGUGUCGUUGCCCACGCGUUUUUAUGACCAAUCAUGCAAUACUCGUUAUAUCCACGCAGUGAUAGGAAGUAAAUGAGUCCAGAAUUGGAAGAGACCUUACUGUGUGCAGUCAACCGAGUUACAGGAUGUCACGAAUAAGGCCACAAUGGCAGUUACAAGCUUUAGCUGCACAAAAGAGGGACAAUGAACUCCGUCGUGCUGAAGAACUAAAGAAAGUAGCCACUUACUUUGAGAUCAAUACAAAUAAAUCUAGACACCAUGAACAAUGGACAACAGAAAGUUAUUAUGAAAAGGCUAAGAAAGAAGCUGAGUUGCUGAGUGAAAAGAAAAUAAGAACUGCGCAAUUAGAAGAACGACGAAAGAAACUAGAAUCCAUGUUAUUUCAAGAAAAUCUGCAAUACCAAGAAGAAUUGAAGGCUCUCGCCUCUAAACCUAAAUAUUUUAAGAAUGGGUCAUAUCUUAAUGAGGUAUCGACAUCUACCUUGCAAGAGAUUAAUCAAGGUAUUAUAGAAAAAGAGGAACAGCUUCGCAAACAAGAGGCCGAGCUAAAACUUUACCAUGCUUGGAGGCUACGACAGCCCGAGUUGAGAGCUGCCAGUUCCUAUAUUGCUAAUGGGAAGUUAAAGUCUGCAUGGAUGGAACAAAUAAUAGAAAAAGAAAUGCAGAAAAAGAAAGAAGACGAAGAUACUCGAAAAAUUCUGCAAGAGAGGGACGAGGCUCUCCGGCGCCAGAUAAAGAUAGAGGAAGAACGUCUUAGAGAAAAAGAGCUACAAAUGAAGGAGCUCCGAAACAGCCUAGAGGGUCAGAUAGCAGAAUUAAGCGAAAAGGAAACGAUAGUUAAAAAACUUCGAACACUAGAGGAGAAAGAAAGAAUGAAAUUAGAGGAAUUGCAAACUCUAUCCAAGGAGAGAGAGAAAGAACACACGAGACUUGUGGCAGAGAGAGACGCACAUAUUGUGAACAUGGGCUUACAUAAAUAUAAGUUAAAGCGGAAAGUUAUAUCUGUGAUAAGUGAAAUUGACUUAGAGUUGAAAAUGUUGGAACGGAUAAGAAAAAGUGUUUUAAAGGACUACGAAGUAGACCGAGAAGUAUGCGCAAAUCAAAAGCGUGUAUUGGACGCGGCGCUUCGGGAGUUAGAGGAGCACAGGGAGAAGGAGAGACAGAGACAGAAGAACAUUGAAACUAUGUACGAUGGGGAAGCGAGACAGAUAAACGAGAAACAGGACAAGUUAUGGGCAAAAGAACGCGAGGCUAGGUGCAAUCUCAUGAAGGAAGUGAUAAAAACGCUAAGAAGACAAGUAGAAGAGAAGAUAGAGGCUAACAUUCAAAUGCAGAAGGCGAACGUUCUCGAAAGGGAGAAGAUUUUAGAACAAAUGGAGAUCUUCCAUCAGGAAGUACGUACUAAGGAAAGAGAAACACAGUUAAAGAAUAUAUCGUGUUCAGCGAUAACGGCCCUCCAGUCGCAACUGAACAGCCUCCGGCUACAGAGGGAUCACAUGCAGGCGGCGGCGGACCGGGAGGCGGAGUUGCGGGCGGCGGCUGCGAGCGAACGAUCGCUACGGGCUGAGAUCGCACGAGUACAGAGGGAGGGAAAUGUACAGGCCUGGGCGUAG